AUGUCGCACGUAAUGCUGUGCAACCUCGGGCAGCCGGCGCCGUCGAGCGCGGCGCGCGGCGGUGGCGGUGGCAGCGGUCCCGACACGAGCGCGAGUAGCUCCCAGCAGCGGGAGCAGCGCGAUCAGCGCGAGCGCCACGAGCGCCAGCACAACUGCAACAACAGCAACAGCAACAGCAGCAUGGACGACGACGACUCGUAUCCGCUGCCUACGAUAUAUCGAUGCCGGGCGCCAAUAGCGAGCCUAGACUGCAUGGAAGAGUUCAAUGGCGGCGCAGGCACGGACUCGAGCGGCCACUACGGCAGCACCCCUGGCACGAAGGACCACCUGCUGGCCAGCUGCCUGGCCGGCCAGUCCCUCCAGCGCGCCGGCCUCCAGCACAACCCGUCGCCAGGUAUUCGCUACCGCAACUUGGGCAAAAGCGGUCUACGUGUUUCCAAUGUUGGAUUAGGCACGUGGACGAUGUUCGGCGGCGUGAACGGCACAAACACCGAGGAUAACGCCGAGGCGAUAAUAGCCCUCGCCUACGAGAGCGGCAUCAACGUGUUCGACCUGAGCGAGGCCCACAGUGGGCCCAAAGCCGAGACCCAACUCGGCCGUAUACUUCAGAAGCGCAACUGGACGCGCACGAGUUACAUCGUCACCACGAAAAUUUACUGGAAUCCCAAAUCCGAGGCGAGAGGACUUUCGAGGAAAUUCAUCAUCGAGACGGUGCAGGCGUCCUUGGCCAGGCUUCAGCUGUCCUACAUAGACAUCGUCAUGAUCCACAAAGUCGACUCCACGUGUCCCAUGGAAGAAAUCGUUCGUGCGAUGAAUUACGUGAUAGACCAAGGAUGGGUCAUGUACUGGGGGACAUCAAGAUGGUCGCCCUGCGAAAUAAUGGAGGCCUACUCGAAUUGCCGGCAAUUCAAUUGCGUCACCCCUAUAGUCGAGCAGGCCGAGUAUCAUCUUUUCUACAGGGAAAAACCCGAGCUCUACAUGCCGGAACUGUACAACAAGAUUGGUGUUGGCUUAAUGUGCUGGUCGUCGAUAUCGAUAGGCUUGAUUUCGUCUCGAGUCGAUGACAGCGGUGGCAUGUCCGUUCUCCCAAGAUCCAGAUCUUCGUACAAAAAUAAGUCCUUCAGUUGGACGGAGGACGAGUCUGAGAUUUUGUGUAAAGAGGAGCAGUGGCGAAAGGCCUCGGUUGACUCUGAAACUAGAAAAGGCCCGGACAAGGUGCGCGAGAUAUGCGCGUUCGCCGAGAGGCUCGGCUGCACCUUCACCCAACUGGCGAUCGCGUGGACCCUCAAGAAUGAAAGUGUUCAGUGCCUUCUACUCGGUGCGACCAACGUCGAGCAACUCUACGACAAUAUUCAGAGCUUGCAGCUGAUCCCGAGGCUGACGGUCGCCACGAUGACGGAAAUCGAGCGUAUCCUACUGAACAAGCCAAUACGUCCACCGAUGAUCUCGACCCUCCAGCUCAGAUGACAAUCGCUCAACCCCCACGGCAGCCGUGGGGGUU